CCCGGCCUUUAUACCUUUAUAGAUACUUCCUUAUUUAAAUCGGGGCAUGUUCGACUCAACAACUUAAAAUAAGACGUAAUUCCUACAGUCUGUUCAUAAAAAGAAGUUUCUCCAUUCGAUUGUCAAUUAGGGCAUGCAUAUGAAAGAAGAAAAGAUGUUGGUCGUGGAAAGAUGCUCAUCCCUACGCGUAGGCCAAGGAGAAACGUCUAAGCGACGAAAGUUAGAUGCGGAAGAAGCGGGGGAGGAGGAAACAUUAGAAUUAGAAUUUGAAGACGUGAUUGUUGAUCUUCAUGACUCCGAUUCUGAUUGGGAAUUUUACGAGGACCAUAAACAACGUGGUCAGAUUGUGGAGCGAUAUUCCGAAAAGCAAGACAAGCUCACUAAUCAUGUGCCAGACAGCUGCUCGGCGACCCAAAGAUGUUCCAGGUUUUUGCAUAAUACGAUGAAAGAUUCCCAAUUGUGGAGUACACCUCCAAAAAGCAUGUUUGAGUUGUACAGAGUUGAGCUCGUGCUUAACAAAGCCACAGAAUCUACCUUCUCCGGCGAACUCCACGGUUCAAUUGGACUAAUCGACCAGACAUUUGAAGUCCCAGAUUCUCCCCAGAUAUUCUAUUUCAAGGUGAGCGAGGCUGACUCCGUUCCUUUCAAUCUUUCCUACCGCAAGGAGUUUUUCCUCGUUCCCCUGUCUGGUCCUCAACCCAGACCCCUGCUGGAGGAAGAUCACAUGUAUGGUAUUUUUUUUGCUCUCAAGAUUGGUAAUAAGGAUUUAUUUGAGGAUGGUGUGGCCUUUAAGAAUAAAGAAGUGUUUGGGACUGAUGAUGAAGUGACAACAGAGGUUAUACGCUACAGCCCCACGUUUGUCUCUGAGGAUCCAUGUGAUCCCAUACUUGUAAGACAAUUGGUUGGGGGUACUGGUUCUAAUCCCAUAACUGUACUUGCAUAUAUUAGCUUAUUCCGUGGCUCAUGGGCCAGCGUUGAUGUGGUCUUGAGGAAUGGUAACAGAGUGGUUAGCAGUUUCUAUGGAUAUGUUUAUGCUCGGUCGUGCAUAUUUGAUACUUGGACUUGCCUUCUCAGGAUUGGUUCAGAAGACAAGCUUGAACCAAUCAUGUCUGACUCUGGACAGAGGAUUCCUUUGACCAGAUCAAUUGUUGCUGUCCCAUGGAAUUCUUCUCUUGUGGUUGAAGCUGAGCUAUAUGACCAAGAUGGCAAUCUGAUUUUCAAGGCCACGGCUUCAUCCCUUGCUAGAAACUCUCCCCAAUGCCAUAGACAAAUCAUUGGUGGAGGGGCUGCUUUUGUUGAUUUCAGGUGGGGCCCUCCAGAUGAGUAAAUGAGUAAUAGUAUCUUGUCCAGUAAGAUUUGGUGAAAUUGCUUUUUAUGUCAAUGAUAGUAAUAGGAUAGUGAUUUUAAUCAUUAUAUUUGUUUGAAAUUUAUAUGCAGUAACUUUUUUUUACUUUUAGAAAAGUAUUUUUAUCAAAUAACAUUUGCUUAUAUUUUUUAUAUUUUAAGUAAUUUCAUAUUGAAAAUAUCUUUGGUUAAAGUUACUGUUAUUUGUCAAAUUUAAUCGUUAUGGAAAGACGAGUACUUGUUUAAAUGCUUCCGUUAUUUGUUCAAAAAUGCUACUUGUACACGUCCUACGUGCCGAGUGUAUUUUGUUUGUGUAUAUACAAUUGAUUUGGCGUGUACAAGUUGCAUUCUUGUUAAAUUAUUUAAUUUGUUUUGUUGUUUACCUUUUUGCUAGUUCGAUCUAUUUGGUUCUUGAUAAUUAGUUCUAUUUCGUUAUUUCAAUAAUUAGUUCAGUAAGAAAACCCAGUAUCCCUCUUAAAAGUGAUCUGUAUUUUUUACACGUUAGUAUUGUAAUGCAGUUGAUUUUGAGUCUCCAUUACUAUAACACUCAGGUGUACGUGGUUAUGUGGUACGUCGUGCUCCGUAUUACAUAACAAUUUUUGUUACCAACUAUUGUUCAGUGGCAAUAUUUCGGUGUGAUAAAUUCAACAUGGGUCUUCUUUGUUCUUUCAAUGAAGGUUUCUUUUCUAG